AUGGCAUCACGUGAGUCGGGAAGAAUUCGCGAAGCUGAUAAAAAACGAGUUUUAGAUGAGGCAUCUCGCAAGCGUAGAGCGCGAAAGGCUUUGGAAGCACUUGAACAGGACAACUACCAUGAAGAUCCACACGCAGACCUUGUUAUGUCUAAGAAGAUCCCGAAAUUCCACGAUAACCUGGAUAGUACGAAUAAUACCAAGAAGAAAACGAAACGUAGCAAAGGAGCUGAAUAUUACCGAGCGAAAUAUAGGAAAACAUUUCCACAAUUGCUAGAGGAGGACAAAAUGCAACGACCGGAUGGUCCCAACUAUUUUACGGCAGCCGCACAACCUUCUAAGUUCCCGGAGCGGCAUUUUUGUGCCGUUUGUGGAUUUCCUUCUAGUUAUACAUGCACUGCAUGUGGAACUCGUUACUGCAGUGUGCGCUGCUUGGGGACUCAUCAGGAUACGCGCUGUCUCAAGUGGACUGCUUGAGUCUAAUAUUGUAAGAUAUAUUGAAGCAUAAUAAAGGAUAAACAUUCUAAUAAAUUACCAAAGACAGAUAAA